AGAUCAUCUUAACCGUUCUAACAAUCCAUUCAAGUUCUGGGAGGAAGAAAGCAUUCUCGACCUGCACCUCGCAUUUUCUAGUUGUUAUCAUAUUUUAUGGUUCUAUUUUUUUUGUCUAUUUGACACCACAAUCAAGUGAGUCAGUGUAUCAGAACCGAUUGACCUCUGUAAUGUAUACCAUUAUUGCCCCAUUAUUAAAUCCUUUCAUAUACAGUCUAAGAAAUAAUGAUGUCAAAAUUGCUAUUUUAAAGAUAAUUCAUCAAAAU